GGGAGGGGGGAGGAAGCGGACAGACGUCAACAGGAGUCGCUCGACAGAGCCUGAGCCGUCGGUCUGCCUUUGCUCUCCGCACAUCUCAGCUUCUCGGCUCCUAAUCAGCUCCGCAUGACGAAGCUUCAAGGUUCAUUAUGCAGCCGUCAUGCCAACCUGCUCCCGUCGGACAGUGAGCCCGCGGUGCCGAGUUACACACUUCCUGAGGCGUGUCGGCCUUUUUCUCUUUGAUUCGACUGUCCUCAGAAAGCAAGACUUUGUUUUUCCGCUUCUCACAGAGACGGCGUCCUAUUGGGUGGAGGGGCUUGUGUAUUGGUGGGUUGGGAAUUUGUAGUUGUUGAGAGAUUCUCCUGUAACACACUGUAGAGUAAGUGGUGUUGAUUGUGUUAACCUGCUGCUACCUAAGUGCGAUUCCCUUGCCUCCAGUUACUGGAAAGGUUUGACACGAGGUUUAUCUUCUCUUGUAUGGUGUGGGUGUAAGAUGGUUCUAGCACUGUUCUGCCUGCGGCAUCUAUCCCACCCAGCAUGACUGCCCUUUAACUUGCCGUCGACUAAGUAGGAAGACCGGGUUUCUUCUCAGCCUGUAGUGUGUCCGCACUGGCAGGUUGGCCGGUAGGGGGGCGCGACCCCCUGUAUGUGGUGCCCACCUGCAUUUUUGACGCUGACCUUCAGGAAACUUUUGCUUAUGCUGCACAUGAAUUUCCUGCUUCCCUGGUGGCUGUAUCUCCUUGCUCAGCUUGUCCCAGUACGGUGUGCUUAGUCUCCCUCGUACCUGAGGGCAGGUGAUCUGUUGUUUGGCUUUCCUUUGUGUCUGUCUGCUAAUCAAAUAGAUAAUUACAGACAUGCCCCCAUAUCCUUUGUCUACCAGAAUCGGUGUCUGUCCUCUGUCCGUUGUGGGCUCCGAUAAUCCUUUUCCCCUAAAGUGAUGGACUGAUUGUCAUCUGCUGCUGGGUAGAUUAAACAAAUUGGAUUUCCACCUGUGGCUCUCGACUUAACCGUGAGCAGCCAUGUAAGAGACUGCUGCAGUGAAGAUCUUGGCACAGGACUGGGUGGUGCCUUUCCAUGUCAGACAGAAGGGUGGAGGCUUCUGCAGUCACUCACAGAGCCCCUGCUAACUAACAGAGGUGGGCAGUUCAAGCCGGACUGUUCCUGCCACAGACAAAGAGACCGCGAUACCCCUCCAGCUGCCUUCAGGUCGCCCCCCCCGGCUGCUCAGAGUUUCUAGGUUUAGGGGCACGGACUGCUCCUAAACGCCCCCCCCCCCCGAGACUUGGCGGUGCCCCACCGCUCUUCCCCUCACCCCCUGCGAUGGCGCAGCAUGACGCUGAGGGUCGCCUCGGUGGGCUGUGAUGUCCGAGCCGAGCAGCCCCGGCGAGAGCCAGCGUGGCGCUCCCAGAUUCUUCGUGGGCUGCGAGGACGAUGACGGCGAGGGCUUGGGCAGCAGCAUGAGGACGGACGCCGAGCUGGAGCUGUUCGAGGAGGAGGCCGAUUCGCCUCCAGAGCGGCAGAUCGUGGUGGGAAUCUGCUCCAUGAUGAAGAAAUCCAAGUCCAAGCCGAUGACGCAGAUCCUGGAGCGACUGUGCCGAUUUGAGUACAUCACCGUCGUCAUCUUCCCGGAGGACAUCAUUCUCAAUGAGCCGGUGGAGAAAUGGCCCCUUUGUGACUGCCUCAUCUCCUUCCACUCCAAAGGGUUUCCUCUCGACAAAGCCGUAAGCUACGCCAAGCUCAGACAGCCGCUCCUCAUCAACGACCUGAACAUGCAGUACUUCAUACAGGACAGGAGGGAGGUGUACCGGAUCCUGCAAGAAGAGGGGAUCGAUUUGCCGCGCUACGUCGUGCUGAACCGCGAUCCGGACAAACCGGAGGAGUGCAACCUGGUGGAAGGUGAGGAUCACGUGGAGGUGAAUGGGGAAAUCUUCCAGAAGCCCUUUGUGGAGAAGCCCGUUUGCGCUGAGGACCACAACGUGUACAUCUAUUAUCCGACAUCAGCCGGGGGGGGCAGCCAGCGGCUUUUCCGGAAGAUUGGCAGUCGUAGUAGUGUUUACUCCCCGGAGAGCAGCGUGCGCAAGACGGGGUCUUACAUCUACGAGGAGUUCAUGCCCACCGACGGCACGGAUGUUAAGGUGUACACGGUGGGUCCCGACUACGCCCAUGCCGAGGCUCGGAAGUCGCCUGCCCUGGAUGGGAAGGUGGAGCGUGACAGCGAGGGCAAGGAGAUCCGCUACCCUGUAAUGCUCACCGCCAUGGAGAAGCUGGUCGCUCGCAAAGUGUGCCUGGCCUUCAAGCAAACGGUGUGUGGCUUCGACCUCCUCCGGGCCAACGGACACUCCUUCGUCUGUGACGUCAACGGUUUCAGCUUUGUCAAGAACUCCAUGAAGUAUUACGACGACUGCGCCAAAAUCCUGGGGAACAUCGUGAUGCGGGAGCUGGCUCCCCAGCUCCACAUCCCUUGGUCGAUCCCGACAGAAGCUGAGGAUAUUCCCAUCGUGCCGACUACAUCAGGAACCAUGAUGGAGCUCCGUUGCGUGAUCGCUGUCAUCCGGCAUGGCGAUCGAACCCCUAAGCAGAAAAUGAAGAUGGAAGUGAGGAAUCCCAUGUUUUUUGACAUGUUCGAAAAAUAUGGCGGCUACAAGACCGGGAAGCUGAAACUCAAGAAACCGAAGCAGUUACAGGAGGUACUGGACAUAGCCCGGGAGCUGCUGGCAGAACUGGGACAGCACAACGACUGCGAGAUCGAGGAGAAGAAGUCCAAACUGGAGCAGCUGAAAACCGUCCUGGAGAUGUACGGCCAUUUCUCAGGAAUAAACAGGAAAGUGCAGCUCACCUACCUUCCCCACGGCCAGCCCAAGACCUCCAGCGAGGAGGAAGACACGAGGAAGGACGGACCCUCUCUGCUGCUGGUGCUGAAGUGGGGGGGGGAGCUGACCCCCACAGGACGGGUACAGGCUGAAGAACUGGGCCGGGCCUUCCGCUGCAUGUACCCGGGGGGCCAAGGGGACUAUGCCGGCUUCCCCGGCUGUGGUCUGCUGCGACUGCACAGCACAUACCGGCACGACCUGAAGAUCUACGCCUCGGACGAGGGACGCGUACAGAUGACGGCGGCCGCCUUUGCCAAGGGACUGCUGGCCCUGGAGGGGGAGCUGACGCCCAUCCUGGUGCAGAUGGUGAAGAGUGCCAACAUGAACGGGCUCCUGGACAGCGACAGCGACUCGCUGACGGGCUGCCAGCACCGUGUGAAGGCUCGCCUGCACGAGAUCAUGCAGAAGGACCAGGACUUCGGCGAGGUGGACUUCGAGAAGCUGGCUCCCACUGCCAGUCCUUCUCUGGUGAGUUCCAUGAAGGUCGUGACGAACCCAGUGAAGACCUGCGACCAAGUCUACACCCUCAUUCAGAGUCUGACCUCGCAGAUCCGCAGGAGGCUGGAAGACCCCAAAUCAGCAGACCUGCAGCUCUACCACAGCGAGUCCCUGGAGCUGAUGCUCCAGCGCUGGUCCAAACUGGAGCGGGACUUCCGCAUGAAGAAUGGACGCUAUGACAUCAGCAAGAUCCCGGACAUCUAUGACUGCAUUAAGUAUGACGUGCAGCACAACGCCUCCUUGGGCCUGGAGGACAUGCAGGAGCUCUUCCGGCUGUCCAGGGCCUUGGCGGACAUCGUCAUCCCACAGGAGUAUGGCAUCAAUAAAGUAGAAAAGCUGGACAUCGCUUAUGCUUACUGCCUCCCACUGGUUAAGAAGAUCCAGCUGGACCUGCAGAGGACUCACGAGGACGAGUCCGUCAACAAGUUACACCCUUUGUACUCCCGUGGAGUGAUGUCACCUGGGCGCCACGUCCGGACGCGCCUCUACUUCACCAGCGAGAGUCACGUACACUCCCUGCUCAGUAUCUUCCGCUAUGGAGGCCUGCUCGACGAGGAGCAGGACCAGCAGUGGAAGCGCGCCAUGGAUUAUCUCGGUGCCGUCACGGAGCUCAACUACAUGACCCAGAUCGUCAUCAUGUUGUAUGAAGACAACAACAAGGACCCCUCGUCUGAGGAGCGUUUUCAUGUGGAGCUUCACUUCAGCCCUGGGGUGAAGGGCUGUGAUGACGAGCAGAAAGCUCCCCUGGGGUUUGGCUUCCGUCCAGCUUCCUCCGAGAACGAGGAGAAGCAGCCAGAUCCGGGGAGCCUGGAGGACCUGUCGCAGUCCGAGCCGGACCGGGCCGCCCCACUCACUGAGCCCGUGAGCGUCCUGAGACGGUCCCCGCUGAUCCGUAACCGGAAGACCGGCUCCAUGGAGGUCCUGUCUGAGACCACCUCCACCAAGAUGGGGACAUAUCGCCUCUUUCCGUCUUACAGCCGCCAGUCCCCAGAGAUGAAACAGAGUGGAUUAGGCUCUCAGUGUGCAGGACUUUUCAGCACCACAGUCCUGGGGGGCUCCUCUAGUGCCCCAAACCUACAGGACUAUGCUCGUACACACCGCAAAAAACUCUCCGCCGGCAGUCAGUCCUAUAAAGACGGGACAUGGGAUGAUGCGGCUGCACUGGAUGUAAGCUCAGCUCUGUGUUGGGAGGGAACAGAGCCCCUGGAGGAGCACCACGUGGCCCAGCUUCUCCGGCGCUUCUCCACAGACCAGCUGCUGCAUCGGCAGCUCUCUCUGGACAGUGCCCUGGCACACCACCUCCACCAGUGCUCCUACCACCUGCGCCUCUUCCGCAACUGGUUAAUCUCCGGCCAGGACACCCUAGAUUGCCUCUACGGCUUUGAGGGAUGUUCCAUGGUGCCAUCGAUCUACCCGCUGGAGACACUGCACAACUCGCUCUCGCUGAAACAGGUGGACCAGUUCCUCACGGCGGUGUGUGAGAGCGGCGGGGAAUCCCAGUCCAGGACCACCAGAGCUCUCUCCGCCAUGUUCGACACUCAGACUCAGCCGUCGGUGGACGCCUACAUCCCGCAGAGAGUCCUAUCGUCCUCUGCGUCGUUGCGCCACCGUUCGGACCGCCCACCCUGGUAUAGCAGUGGUCCAUCCAGCACCGUAUCCAGUGCGGGCCCGUCAUCGCCGACCACUGCCGAUACGUCCCCCCGGUUCAGCUUCAGCGACAAGACGUCCCUGACUCCUCAGAGCAGCGAGGAGACACAGGGGGGGCAGCAGGGCGGCCACCUGCCCUCGCCCCCCCACCUGCCCAGCAGCCCGCCUCCUGGCACAGAUGAAACAGAUAAACAGGAAGUGGGGCACCAGGAGACGGGCACCUCCCCCAUGACAAACCACCACGAUUGCCAGGAACUGCCGGAGUCCCCAAGCGAGGCAGCAGAUGCCCCUUCCCCCGACUCCCCACUGGCCGAGCUGCUCCCGGGGCACCCUGGGUCCCUCCCUGUUCUGCUGGAACUGCAUGAGAGCAGCUCUGAGGCCGGUUCCAGUUCGCAAACCCCUAUAAGCCCGGAUAUGGAGGUUGGGGGCGGGGCCUUAGACACGGAGGCGGGGCCGGGGGCAUGGAAAAACGGCUUGGGACCGGUUGUGGAGGUUGGCGGUGCACAGGCUGCUGAGCCCUAGCCCAGCCCCUCUCCUGCCCCUCCUGACUGACUUAUUACACCCCAGUUCCUCCAUCUGCCUCCUGGCCCUUAAGCACGCUUUGUUCCACAGUGUCUUAGAAACGUUUCAUUUAAACCCUGAAAUGAUUGCAGACGUGAAUGUGGCAGGCGGGCCGCCGUGUUAGCGGGACAUGAUCGGCCCUGUGUCAUCAUUAAGGGCGUGCAUAGCAUGGGUGAGCCGGCUCGUGAUUGGUCAGCUGAGUACGGCGGCUUGGGUCACCUUAAUUUAACCAAUGAGGGCCCCACACCGACAGCACCUGUUGGCAAACACUGUAGCCUCGCCCCCGGACUCCCACAGGCCCCGCCCAUUAACCCCGCGUGUCCCAAACGCGCGUCUCACUCGGCCAUCGGCUUCUGUUUGGCUUCAGUGAUGUGGUUCUGCAUCAUAUCUGACCGAAAUGUUUUGUUUCAUAUGUAAUUAACUAUUAUUUUCCCUUGGAAUGGCAACAGUUGUAGUUUAACUGUUUCAUAAAGAGGAUUUUAAGAAGGUGAUCACCAGUGUCUGCCUUCCCUAAAUACUCAUCGGCUGGAAAGUGCCAAUGAGACUAACAAACCUAAAGAGUCGACUGCCGUACUCCAUUAUAUAUAUAUAUAUAUAUAUAUAUAUAUAUAUAUAUAUAUAUAAACUCUUAAAUGUACUUUCCUGCCAAAAUCAUAGUGUUAUUUACCAUUAAUAUAAAGACAUCUAUUUUUAAUUGCAGGUGAGGUCUGUAUGUUGCAAGGUGACAUUUUAAUGGCUGCAAUAGUUUUUAAUCUGCACCUCCUCUCUCACCAAGAUUAUAUUUUUGUACCGUAGCUCACGGUUUGACGUCGUGAUUGCCGACCCAGGAGAGAAGCGGAAUCUGUCAAAUCUGCUGGCCCGCGGACGUCAGUUGUCACCGUUUUUUUGUUUUGGGUUUGGGGAGGGUAUUUGAUAUUGCAGGAGUCUUUUUUGAACUCUGUGAUCACUAUGGCAGUAGUGUUUUGUGGUGGGAUGCAUACCUGUAGUUUGUGCACUGUACAGUGAGGAUGUUGACUUAUGAGGCUGCAUUUUGUAAUCGGGGUUUGUGGUGUUUUUCUUGUACAGCACAUAUGCUGAUUUAUGUAGGAGGAAAUUAUUUAAUGUCAAAUCAGGAGUUAUGCUGCUCAGAUGCGAUCACUGUACAUUCACUGUACAUU